UGGACCAAUAGGCCGAGUUUAACAACCAUGGCCAAUCAAAACGAAUCUGAAAAUAAUCGGCAACCAUUGAAUUAAGCGCACUAAGGCCUUAACCUUAACAGUAGAUAACUUCUCAAGCGUUCUCAAGCGUCCUCAAGUCACUCUACUACGACGUCAACCAUUUUUAAAUGAGAAAUAAAAAAGAGAGAUCCCUUCAAUUCAUCCCUUGCCCUCUUCUUUUCCCCUUAUCUAUUCUUUAUACCCAAAAUCCCGUCGAGACGACACGAUGCUUCGCCAAUCUCUAGCUCGUUCGGCUUGGCGGACUGGUCGGCAUGCCGCCGCACCAUCAAGAGCCUUUUCUGUGACGUCGAGACGACCGGCUGAGGUGGAGCUCACAGUUGAUGGAAAGAAGGUAUCAAUCGAAGCCGGAUCAGCAUUAAUUCAAGCAUGCGAGAAGGCCGGUGCUACCGUCCCUAGAUAUUGCUACCACGAAAAACUAAUGAUCGCCGGAAAUUGUCGUAUGUGCUUGGUCGAAGUCGAACGCGCUCCGAAACCCGUCGCCUCUUGCGCCUGGCCCGUACAACCCGGCAUGGUAGUCAAGACAAACUCACCACUUACACAUAAAGCCCGCGAGGGAGUAAUGGAAUUCCUUCUAGCAAACCAUCCACUAGACUGCCCCAUUUGUGACCAGGGUGGCGAAUGCGAUCUUCAGGAUCAGUCUAUGCGCUACGGUGGGGAUAGAGGCCGAUUCCACGAGAUCGGCGGCAAGCGUGCCGUGGAGGACAAGAAUAUUGGUCCUCUGAUCAAGACAUCGAUGAACCGCUGCAUCCACUGUACGAGAUGUAUUCGAUUCGCCAACGACGUGGCCGGUGCCCCCGAGAUGGGCUCAUUUGGACGCGGAAAUGAUAUUCAGAUCGGAACCUACUUGGAGCAAAACCUGGACUCGGAGAUGUCAGCUAAUGUCAUCGACCUAUGUCCCGUUGGAGCGCUGACAUCAAAACCCUACGCCUUCCGAGCUCGACCAUGGGAAUUGAAGAAGACCGAGUCCAUUGAUGUCCUUGACGGUUUAGGGUCCGCUAUUCGUGUUGACUCACGCGGCCUUGAGGUAAUGCGGGUUCAGCCUCGACUCAACGAUGACAUCAACGAGGAAUGGAUCAAUGACAAGACUCGAUUCGCCUGCGACGGACUAAAGACCCAGCGUCUUACUAUGCCUCUAGUGCGACGAGAGGGCAAGUUCGAGCCGGCCUCUUGGGAACAAGCAUUGACGGAGAUCGCGGCGGCCUACCAACAACUCGCACCCACAGGCAACGAGUUCAAGGCUAUCGCCGGCGAGCUCACUGAGGUGGAGUCAUUAGUGGCCAUGAAAGACUUGGCCAACAAGCUUGGAUCCGAUAACCUCGCCCUCGAUAUGCCUUCUGGAAGUCAACCUCUUGCUCACGGCAUUGACGUCCGGUCCAACUAUCUCUUCAAUUCCAAGAUCUAUGGUGUGGAGGAUGUCGACUGUCUACUCCUGGUCGGCACCAACCCAAGGCAUGAGGCAGCCGGUUUAAAUGCCCGCAUUCGAAAGCAGUGGCUGAGGUCAGAUUUGGAGAUUGGUGUCGUAGGUGAGCCCUGGCAAUCCACCUACGAAUUUGAGCACCUCGGUACCGACCUCGCUGCCUUGAAGAAGGCUUUAGCCGGUCCCUUCGGCAAACUGCUUCAGUCAGCGAAGAAGCCCAUGAUCGUAGUAGGCUCCGGCGUAACGGAUCACCCUGAUGCCAAGGCCUUUUACGAACAUAUUGGUUCUUUCGUCGAGAAGAACGCCGCAAACUUCUUGACCGAGGAGCACAAUGGAUUCAAUGUCCUACAGAAGGCUGCUUCAAGAGCGGGUGCAUUCGAGGUCGGAUUCACGACACCAUCUACUCAAGUCGCUGAGACUAAACCCAAGUUCAUCUGGCUCCUCGGUGCUGAUGAAUUCGCGGAUACUGAUAUUCCCAAAGAUGCCUUCGUCGUCUACCAGGGUCAUCACGGCGACCGCGGUGCUCAGAUUGCUGAUAUCGUCUUGCCUGGCGCAGCCUACACGGAGAAGGCUGGAACUUAUGUCAACACCGAGGGCCGCUCACAAAUGACUCGUGCUGCUACCUCUCUACCUGGCGCUGCCCGGACAGACUGGAAGAUCAUCCGAGCAGUCAGCGAGUUUCUCGGUGCCCCUCUACCGUAUGAUGAUGUUGCCAUGCUCCGAGACAGGAUGUUCGAGAUCAGCCCGGCGCUCGCCUCUUACGACAUCAUCGAGCCUACGUCCAUGAAGCACCUGAGCAAGGUGCAGUUAAUAGACCAAAACAAGGGGGCCAAGACAACCAACGAACCCCUAAAGAAGAUCAUCCAGGACUUCUACUUCACAGAUGUUAUAUCUAGAAGUUCACCAACAAUGGCACGGUGCUCCGUCGCCAAGGCAACAGGCAACCCCGACAACAACCUCAUGGCCCCGGGGAUCACCGAAGAUAGGCCGAUGGGCCAAGUGGCUUACGGCGUAUGAGGAACAGAAUCAGAACAGGGGCGAGAGACAAGAUAAAUAGAACCCACCACAGGUCUGUCAAAAGGAAAAAGAAAAGAAUAAAAAAAAGGGGGGGCAACGCAGUGCAUGCAGUUUAGACACAGCCACAAAUACUCACAAAUACAUACUACCUACCACCACCAUCACCGCCACUACCACUGCCAUCACCAUUACCACUGCCAUCAGCACUACCACUACCACUACCAUCACUACCACCAUUACUAUCACUUCUCGCCAUCAAGCUUAGGAGCUGUCGUCUUAUUACCCACCCUCACCCUCUGCUUCCUUUUCUUUCUCUCUCUCUUUCUCUCUCUGUCUCUCUCUCUUUUGAUCAUUGCUAGGGGCGCAAGAAAGACAUCAAAUGCAGGGGUCGGCAUUUGUCAGUCAGUCAGUCAGUCAGUCA